UCAUUCUAAUCGUAUUUUUCUACUUGUCUUAGCGAAAUUAUCACUUACCAGAAGAAAUAGACAUUUGUAACUUUUUGUGGGCAUAUGGGAUGCUUUUCCCACCAGGUAGAGUGGUAAAACGCGAGAAGAAAGAAGAGGGAGGGGGGGCAACUAUGUUCUCCCCAAACCCACAAACUCUCUCGGACGAGCAAAAAAUAUACCUAUAGAACACAGCAGACGUCCAAGUUGUCAUAUAGACUAAUAGAGCUGCUAAAUGUUGCUCAUUGUUAGAAUGUUUGAUCUCUUUGCAGACUUGAAUGGUUGUUGCAACAAUAGGACAACAACAAGGCUACUCAUAGUGCAAUGCUUGCAGGGGUAUUUCGUAGUAUUGCAUCAGGCUUAAAACAUACGAGACUCAAACCCCAACCACUACUGCAACACUACAUAGCACAACAUCUCCAAGGCAUUCAUACCAACAGAACCAUGAAGCUUGAUAAACCAGAAUUCCACAACCUCUUCACCCCCGAACUGAAUCAUCUCUCCGAGCUCUUCGCUAAGUACGAUUACGAGCUGCGUAUCGCUGGCGGGGCCGUACGCGACAUUCUCAUGGGGAUCCAGCCGCAAGAUCUCGACUUUGCGACCACGGCAACGCCACAGGAGAUGAAGGCAUUGUUUGAGAAGGAGGGCGUGCGUAUGCUGAACACAAAAGGCGAGGAACACGGCACUAUCACCGCACGGAUUAACAACAAGGAGAAUUUUGAGGUGACGACUCUCAGAGUCGAUGUUGUCACAGACGGACGACAUGCUGAGGUGGAGUUUACCACCGACUGGAGAAUAGACGCGGAGAGGAGAGAUCUCACUAUCAACUCCAUGUUCCUAGGAUUGGACGGAACCCUGUACGACUACUUUGAUGGUUGGACUGACCUACAGAACAGGCGGGUGGCGUUUGUGGGAGACGCCACCAAAAGGAUCCAGGAGGACUACCUCAGGAUCCUCCGGUACUUCAGGUUUUACGGUAGGAUUGCUGAGUUGCCCAAUCAGCACAAAGAUUCCACCCUGGAGGCCAUCAGGGAGAAUGCAGGAGGACUAGGAGGCAUCUCCGGUGAGAGGAUCUGGACAGAGCUGAAGAAGAUCGUCGUGGGUAACCAUGCCGCGCCCCUCAUGAGAUGUAUGUACAACCUUGGUCUUCCUCAGUACAUCGGGUUUCCAUUAGACGGUAACCUGGAUGAGUUUGACGAAGUGUACAGCAGAGCUGGCCAGCUGCAGCCCCGCCCCAUGACCAUGGUGGCAGCCCUGUUACAGGAGCCCGGGCAGAUCGAUGACAUCAUCGCCAGACUGAAGAUCUCCGUGGAGGAGAGGAAGACGGGUCUGCUGGUCAUGCAGUUACGGGGGGAGGGAGAGCAGCAAACGGCACAGCCACUCAAGCAUUACCAAGACCUUAUUCUGAAGACUCCCGGUAGUGAACAGAGGCAGUUGUUGGACCGAGUGUGUGAGGUUCUGAAGUACAAGGGUGAUACGGCCGUCCUCUCAGAGCUCCAGGCAUGGACCAUCCCCAGAUUCCCAGUCACAGGGAAACACCUCAUGGAGAAGGGCAUUUUCUUUGGUUUAGAGGUCGGCUGGGUGAAGGACAAGCUGGUGGCACUGUGGAUUGACAGCAACUGUUCUUUAACUUUUGAGGAACUGAUGGGCAGAGUUGAUGAUCUAAGAAAGGAGGUUCCAAGGGAGAUCCAAGAAAAAGCAGCAAAGAAAAAGACAAGAGUCGCAAAAAAGAUGAAGACCGAUAAAUAAUGAUGCAUUGUGUUUAUGUCUUCCAAAUUGCAGUCUUAUAUGUAGGAUUUACUUUUAUAACUGUCCCCUUAAAUGCAAUGAAAUUUCUUUGAUAAUGAAGAAACUUCUGAAGCCAAUGUUUGGCUAGAACUUGUGUUCUGGUUAUAUUUGUUUGCUUUUUGUUUGUUACAUAAGGUUUUAACCCUUUGAAAUAUUCUGUCAUAGUACAUUUGUGUAUGUUGUAAAAACAUAUUGUCAGUUAUUGAUUUUGUAGUUUUCUUUCAUUGCAGGUAUUACAUCCCAACUGUAUAUUAUUGAAUUAUGUUCUCUAGUGCCGAAGAAGGGAAUUUGCCAUGGAAGGAGUUUGGCAAACUCUCUUCCUCGAGGCAAACUCCCUGUUCCUAAUUCUGUGAAGAAGGCUACAGCUAUCCCUGGGAAAGAGAACAUACUUCAGGAAAAAAUAUCCUGUGAGCGGGUAAAGUACCAUGGGGACAACUGUGAGGUACACAAAAUAUAAGUUAUUGAAUGUUAUGAACCAAAAUGACAGUGUCGUUUUCAUUGUGGGGCAAAUUACAUGAACUUUUCAACACAAAGAAUCCUUUAUCCACGGCACAUUGUCAAAUGAUAGCGGAAUGGGAUCAGGGUAAAAUUAUAAUGUCACCAAAAAUAGAAGUAGGUCACAAUGUAAUCUGAUAUACUAGUAUGAAGUUUGUGAUGCUAUGUACUAACCAUAUAAGUCCCGUAAUCAAAUUUGCUUCUUGGAUUUGAUUUAUUUUUGCUUCUAUUGGGCUUGCAGUAACUCUGAUGGUCUUCUAAAUGAUACUAGCCUGCCAUAUAAUGCAAUUAUUUAUAAUCUUCAUAGUAUGAAGGAACAUAAACCUUUGGAAUUAUGUUCCUUAAUUUUGCCAAGCUUAACUGAUUUCCUUACUGAGUAUUUUCCCUUCCACAACGUUUGAAGAGAAAGGGAUAUUUUUUGUUCCCAAUACUUAAGGCAAAAGGGAUAGAUACUGUAAAUGCAGAAAUGAUCCCAGUGAUAUUUUGUUUGCAGUUUUCGCAAUGGCCUCUUCACCGCCAACUUAAAACAACUGUGAACAGUUGUCCAUUGUAGUAUCUGACUACAGUCUAUGGCGCUACCACAAACUUAGAACCACCGCGAACACUCCAUUUUUCCCACUACCAUGAAAAUACAUCCCCGAACUUAAGUGUGUUUACAGUACUCUUCCAGAAUCCAUGGCCCUGCUGUAGAAAAGGACAACUGGAUGACUCAAAUGGAAUAAGGAGGUUAAGACUUAAUCUUAUAUCCUAGUAGAAAAACACUUAAGGCUGACCUGCCUGUCAGUUAAGAUGCAACUCGAAUGCAGAUGAACAAAUUGUCUUUCCAGAAAGACAUUGUGGAUGUAUAGAUCUAGAAAAUCCUAACGAUAUGAUUACACUGAUACCAGUGGUACGUGCUGUCUGUGAGGUUUAUCGUGGAUUGAAGUUUACUGACCGUAAACAUUAAUCAAAGGAAGCGGAAACCAUCAUUGGGGUAGUCUGCUGUAAUCCCCAGACCUAUCCUCAUUAAAGUCGGAUGACCCUAGGAGUUAUUGCUGCAAUCACUGAUGAUGCUUCCUCUACGUCCAUGCUGGCAUGGUCAAAACUCAGGACGAGACAAUGCAAAGGUUCUCACGUCCGCCACCAUGUUUGUAUUUUGGUGUAUAGCAGGCGUUUUCGGACAUUUAAAGACCUGACUCUCUCGAAUAACCACCUCAAAUAUUAAAUGCAUGUCUACUGCUCAAAGAAGAUAUUACUUUUAGAGUACUUAAAAAACUUUCCGAUAAAACACAAUAUCAGUGUACAUUAUACUUGAGUUACUCUUGUUUCUUAAUACCUGGCAAGACCCGUCAUGCCCCAAAAUAGAGCGAACGGUGGGGCAGAUACAAAUCGCCGUAUCUGGAGUUCCAUUUGUCUAAAAAAGUUUUCAAUUUGACAGGAACUUUCUCUAGGUACUAGCACCUCCAACUAUGUACGAGAUAUUCAAACUAGACGCAAAUUAUUUCCAUAAUUUGCAACUAUCAAACAUGUUUUAUAAUCAAUGGCCCAGCCAACUUCAUGCCGUGGGCCUGGAGCAGUGAUAUUUUUUACAGGAUGUUGCAAUGUACGAUUCGUAAAAGUGUUAAUGGAGAUACCUGCUUCUUUGAUAUGUCUAUCUUUGUACAGAAUAUAUCAGUCAUUGAUCACCCAAAAUAUGACAUUUGCCUUCCUCUUUAUUUCCCACCAAUGACAACCAUUGACAGGUGCUCCGGCACUGCAGGCCUUCACACCCGAAAGUUACAUAGAUAUCUUUUACUUCUCAACUGGUUGCACAAGGGUCUCGGUGAACACAGGUAGUAAGGUGGUUCCAGGUGUUACAAAAGGGGAGCUGUCUUCUCAACUUCUUGAACAACAUAGAAGCUUAUUUUUACAAGCCGCAGGAAAGGUAGAACGGGCAGAAGAUCCUGACAGUUGUGUAUCAGACUAAAU